CAGAAACGUACAGUAGGUAGGCACCUACGUACCAGCUUCUCGCUAUGUAUUAGGCUGUGAUUUCUCCGUAAGAAAUAUAUAACCUAAAAUUUAUUUUAUCUUAGUUUGUGAUUAUAAAAUAAUUAAUACUUGCUAUCUAAUGGCCGUACACAAAAACAAACCCACAGUCCAUAGAAUCUCCCUCAGCCGGCGAUCUUACCUAAAAAGAGGAACUUUGGUGAAAAUGUGUUGAUGUUAACCUACUUGUAUUUAUAACCCUGCUGAUGUGAAAAGAUCUCCAUAGCCACGGCCACCAUUGGAAUGUUAUUGUAUCAUCGACUUCGUAGCGUUGGCGACGACUAACAGCUAACCGGGUCAGCCACCAAUGAUGUCAUAGUAGGUGUAAAAGUGGUACAAGUAGAAUAUAAUUUUAAAUGUGACGUCGAUUGCUCGGUGAGACGGGGGAAGUAGUACACAUUUUAUCGGCUAAAAUAGUUUUUAAAAUAGAAUAUUGUGUGAAUACGUGAAAAAUAUGUCAUAUUACCAGCAUAAAUCAUCGGAGGCGCCGCCACCGCCGCCGCUGCCGCCGGGCCAGCUGCGGCUGUACCACGUGCACAUGAACCCGUACGCGCACCGCGUGCGGCUCGUGCUGGAGGCCAAGCGCGUGCCGUACGAGCUGCACGCGCUCGACCCGCUGCGGCUGCCCGACUGGUUCCGGGAGAAGAAUCCCAGACUAAAAAUCCCGGUGCUGGAGGUGCCGACGCCGCAGGGCGACCGCUGCCUGUUCGAGAGCAUCGUCAUCUGCGACUACCUGGACGAGAGGUACCCGCAGAACCCGCUGCACUCCAGCGACCCGCUCGUGAAGGCGCAGGACCGCCUGCUCAUCGAGCGGUUCAACGAGCUGAUCAAAGGCAGCCUGGAGUGCUUCGACACGAACUUCACGUUCGGCGGCGACCAGAUCCUGCAGACCGUCGACGUCUUCGAGAAGGAGCUGGCCGCUAGAGGGACGGCGUACUUCGGCGGCAGCUCAGCCGGUAUGCUGGACUACAUGGUGUGGCCCUGGCUCGAGCGGCUGUGUCUGCUGCGCUGUCUGCGCCCGCGGGCCUUCGACGCCAAGCGGGACGCCUUCCCACACAUGUCUCAGUGGGGGCACGCGAUGCAGUGCGAGGCGGUCGUGAAGCAGCUGGCGAGCUCCCCCGAGCGCUACCUGCAGUACUACCGCAGCGCGCGCGCGCACGCCAUGGGCUAUUGUCUGUGAGGCGAUAGUACUGUUAAUACACGUCUAAUGCGAGUAUCAAUAGUAUUGCUGCGAAAUGGCAAUCGAUAGUAUCGAUUGGCCUAUCGAUAAUGUGACUUUUUCGAUUAGAACUAUCGAUUGUCAAACUAUUGAUAGUUCGGCAAUAGUUGAGAAUCCUACUUUCUUCGUCACGAACUCCAGCGGUGCAGAUGACGGACAGCUACGUGUAUAACCAUAUCUAUUGCAGAUUUUUUAAACCCCGACUAAGUUGUAUGUCUGUUUGACGUGUCUGUGUAUCUGUAUGUCUGUGGCUGUAGCAGCCAAACGGCUGGACCGUUUUAGAUCUAGAUUUUUUAUUUAAAAGGUAAUUCAAUCGAGUGUGUUUUUAUCUGUUCGGAAAAUGUGUGUUCAGCGGCUUGGAAACCUUCCAGCAGCUUCUAUCAGAACGACAUCUUAGUCGUAAGAGUCGGGGUUUCUUAGAUUUUUAAUAUAAUUUUUAUUGUUAGUAUCAAUUUAAAACUGAAUGGCCGUAUUAAAGAGUGUCACCAUAUGCCAUACGUGAAAUACAAACAUGGCCUUUCAGCACACAUAUAUCUUUUUCCACGCAUCACUCACUUGGGCAAACACAACAUCGAAGUACUUACUAAAUCCAUUUAAUAAGUACUUAAACUAAAUUAUGUUUUGUCUUGUUUUGUCAAUAGCAGAUAUUACAAAGCGCGAUUAUCAAACAUUACUAAACAAAAAAAAGCUAAAGUGACUUCAAAAUGUUGUAUGGUUUAUUUAUUUACAUGAUAUCGCAAAACCGAUCUUAUUUUAUAUUAUGAGUUGUAUGUACAUAUAACUGAUGUAGAUACUUAUAUAAAGAAAUAAACUUCUUGUGAAAAUUUUAAACAUUAAUGUAUUAAUGUUUAUAAUAAUUGUAGAAUUAAGAUAGUCUAAUCAUUUUUAUUUUAUUUAUAACAUUAUUUUUUGUUUAUAACAAUAUUUUUAUUUAUUUAAGGUUAGGUUAGGUUGGUAUUCGACUGUAAACAAGGUCGAUUUCUAGAUGUCCUUGAAAAAGCAAUGCUUCAAAACAAAUUGACUUGCGGAGCGCCUCCCAUUGUAAAUUAUUUUGUCUUAGUCAUAGUGAUAGUUAUAUUGUUCAAUAAUUAAGGCCCAAUGUAUCAUAUUGCUAGUUUUUAGAACAUAUGUUGGUUCCGUAGACGAAGAAAACUACAGACAUCGUCAUAUCUUUCGUUCCGGGCAUACAAGAAAGAGACACGCUUAUGGCGUAUGGAAAUACACGAGAACACAUAAGACAGAGCGUAUAUUUUGUCAGCUAUCUCACCGUUUUGUUCUAACAAAGGCCGGAAGUUAUUUGGUAAUGUUCUAUUUCACUUUGAUAGGUACAUACGCUAGUUCGUUGUCUUUAGUUUUCUUUGUUAGCUCACCCUGUUAUUCAUAAAAAGUUAAACCAUACUUCAAGCUAAAAUGUGUUUUGUCUCUUUCAAUUUCAAAUUUUAUACAGCGCGAGUGCGGGUGACGCAACAUAGCUUAGCUUGAAGUAUGUUUUUACUUUUUUUUAUGAAUUACAGAGUCAGUCUCGUGUGGAUCAUGAAGCUGGAGAAAAUAGGCGCCCGCAUUCCUUUUUGAUGCAAGCUAUAUUGCUAUCUCUUUCGUCUGUGCCCCAACUUUUCUUGCUAUGCAUUAUGCGAGAAAUAUAUAUAGCUAUAUAACGUACUUAGUUAUAUGUUUCACCGCGCAGGAAGAAGAGGUCGGCAUCAGAUGAAGAGAUUACAAUUCCUUAGCAGCUCGGUCUCCAGGAUAAUGGCGUGGAAUAGUUCAGGCGUACUAGGUACUUAUUAGGAAACCAUUUGCGUACACACGUUCUCUUCUGUGUCUUUUUUACACGAUGCGAUACGGGCAAAAUAGCAAUGGACGUUAGGAACGUGCUACGUGUUUGUAUGUUUGGUAGUUUCCAAUGUAUGGUAAUGGUACCGCGACAGAGCAUUAACAUCAUAUCAGCAAUACCUAUGAUAAAAGAAACACAAAUAUGAACAUAAUGUGUUAGAUCUGCAUUUUUAAAUUAAAAGAUAUAAUACAUGCAUAAUAUACUUACCUAGCACAAAUAAAUAGGUAUAUUUUGGUAUACAAAUAAUAAAUAGGUAUAUUUUGGUAUACAAAUAAAACUUAAGUCUGUAUUAGGCAUGAGCCAUGCAUACUAAUGGCGCGCGACCUGUAUAGAUUAAGAAGGGCCGCGCGCGCGGCCCCGGUGUCUCAGUCAAUUUUGACGUACGCCAAAAUACGCCAUUUUAUCAAAACGACGGGCGCACGCAGAGACUGCUGCGUCCAUAGAUGAGAGCCGUGUAGUCCGUUAUAACUUUAGUUAUAACAGAAUUUACUAUUUCGAUGUUCAACAAUACAUUAAAAUAGAAGUUACCCUGUGUCGAUUAACAAGGCUAUUUAUAAGGAAAAAUAAAUGUAUUAUGAGUGACA